AAAAAGUGGGUGGUGGUAGGUGACUUUUGGGGUUUUUGAAAGGCUAAUUUUUGAGUCCAAACAUUCUCCCAAUGGUCAUGUCUUUUCCAGUUAAUCUUGCGACCCUGUGAUGUCAUCACUCAUAACUAGUGUAUAGUAUUAGGGAGAGAUUAGAGAGGGAUUUCUGAGUUUGAGUUUUGAGAUGAACAGUCAAAUGCUCCAAAUGUCAUCUGGAAUUGUUUGCGGCGGUAGUACCAGAUUUAUGGUACCAUUAUCAUUACCCACGGCUUUUAACAGCUUCGUCAUUACACAGAACAAGAAGAACAAGGGUUUGGUCUUCGAUUAUUGGGGUCUUAGUAGUAGGAGUGGUAUUAAACGAAGAAGAAAUGUGAUUAUUAAGGCAUCGAGCGACGUCGUUUCACCAUCUAUCUGGGAGAAUUGGAAACCUCCCAAAUCUACUUCCACUCCUUCCUUCAGCGAUAUUCUAUGGCCUUCUGCAGGGGCAUUUGUAGCAGUGGCCGUAUUGGGAAAACUGGAUCAGCUAUUGACACCAAAAGGACUCUCAAUCACAGUUGCACCAUUAGGAGCAGUUUCUGCACUCUUAUUUGCCUCACCUUCAGCCCCUUCUGCACGGAAGUACAGUAUGUUGAUGGCUCAAAUAGGUUGUGCAGCCAUAGGUGUUCUGGCAUUUACAAUAUUUGGACCUGGAUUGCUUGCCAAGAGUGCUAGUGUUGCAGCUUGUGUUGCCUACAUGAUUUACACCGACUCGGUUCAUCCCCCAGCCGUAAGCAUGCCGUUGCUUUUCAUUGAUGGUGUUAAGUUGCAACCCUUGAGUUUCUGGUAUGUUUUGUAUCCUGGGGCAGCUGGAUGCAUUCUACUCUGUUUGAUUCAAGAGCUGGUUCUAUACAUGAAGAAAAAUUUCAAGUUCUGACCCUGCUGUGCUUUGCAUAACCGUGAGUGAUUACUACAUCUCCCCGUUGGUAGCCAGGGACCAUUGUUCUGCUAUACGUUCCAAAUUCCGAUUUGAUUUAAUCGAGGUCUCAGGAGAGCAUUCUUAGAUCAAUAUUCAGAACUGUAAGUAGUGAGCAUUCUCCAACUAAAAAUAAACAUUGUUCUAGAUGUCUCUUCUAGAAGCAAGGCUCUAAUGAAAAUUAUGUGGAUGGUUCAAAUUUGCAGUAUGCAAGUUGGAAUGUUGUACAUUUGAAUGAGUUCAUUGUGUGUACUGGGUCUUGUCUGAUAAUUAUUUGACAGUAAAACUUUUAAUUCUAAAAUUGCUUAUGAA